AUGGCCGUCAGUUCAUCCUUGCAGGUGGCGUUCAACCGCCACAUCAACGCCGAGUUCUACUCGUCGUAUCUCUAUCUCUCCAUGUCCACCUAUUGCGAUUCCAUCGACCUCCCCGGCUUUUCCCACUGGAUGCGCAUUCAGAGCCAGGAAGAGUACGACCAUGCCAUGCGCAUCCUCACCUACCUUGAGGACCGCGACGGCCGCGUAACCCUCCUCCCCAUCGAGCAGCCCGCCAUCGAGUUCGACUCGGUGGAAGACGUCAUGCGGCAGACCUUGGGCCACGAGCAGCACGUUACGCAGCUGAUCAAUGAGCUGUACGCCGUGGCUGCCGAAUCCGCCGAUUUCGCGAGCCAGGUGAUGCUGCAAUGGUUUGUGAACGAGCAGGUCGAGGAAGAGAAGACGGCCCGAGAUGUGAUCGCUGCGCUGGAUAAAGUGGCCGGACGCAGCGACGCACUACUACUGCUGGACCGAGAGAUGGCGGCUCGCGUACCGACUCCCGCCGCCGCCUGA